AUGACUUGCUGCGGGAAUCGAAAGAAGCAGGUCGUGGGGAUUGCUGACCAGAAAUGGGAAUACAUCAAUCUUCGCGACUUCAAGAGCCGUGGAUGCGGAACUGUAUUCGCUUAUAUCUACCUGUGGCUUAUGCUUCUCGUUUCAGUUGCGGUCUACGUUGUUGACAGUUUUACUGCCGUCAACCUACUCGUGUUCGAUCGUUGGUCUUCAAAGAUCGAUCCUGCCAUCUCUUUCGACGUCACGAAAUGGAUCUUCUCUAUUUGCAUUAUUCUCUCAUUCAUCAACCUAGCUUACGAGGGGUUCCGCGCAUUUCGGGUUAUCAGACGAGGCAAUGUAGCGGAAUCCUAUCUUGACAGCCUAGCCGUUCGAUGGGAAUCAAUUCGACUUGGCUCGCAAGGUUGGAAAAGAUUCCUAGUCUUUGCUGAACUCACCAAAAGUAAAGAAGGCGCACAAUAUAUUGCGCUCUUCACAUAUUUCAACUUUCAAGCCUGGAUCCGAGUCAUCAUCUGCUCAGGUCCUCGCCAGGUCCUCAAUGCUUUUACACUCAAGUCAGUGUAUGAGGCACAGUUGACGCCUACAGCAGACAAUGUAGGCGACUCCAUUACUGGAUUCUUCGAGAAGAUCAAGAUUCUUGCCGAAGAAGAUUAUCAACAGGCACUUAUUCUUUCCGGAAUGUGUUUCACUCUGGUUAUCUGGGUGUUUUCUGCGCUUUUCCUUCUCGCUGCCGUUCUGUUUUGGGUAUUCUUUUUAUACCAUUGGAUUCCUGCAGCCGACGGUGGUCUUUCUGGAUACUGUGAGCGGAAGGUCACCAAGGCAUUGAUGAAGAUUGUCACAAAGACGGUCAACAAAGCUCUAGCUAGGGAGGAGGCCAGCCGCUUUAAGGCUGAAAUCAAGGCGGCCAAGAAGAAUGGAGAGAAGCCUCACCUCGACCGAGCUGCCACCUUACCAACUUUGCCAAACGUUGGCCCAGUCACCAAGAUGGAUCACCCACCAAUGCUCAAUCGUAACGACACCAUGAUGACAUUGCCACCUUACACCUCACGCCCCGGUACGCCAGGUGGCAUGGAGAACGCACCCCCAGCUUCAGAACGAACUUUGCCAUCAAGACAGGGCACUACGGCAUCUAUCGCGAGCUACGCAUCCCGAGCCACUUCUAGAUCCGGAGGUGGAUAUGGACGGAUCGCAUCCCCCGUGCCUGAUGUGCCUCCUAUUAACUACCAGGGACAGACUCAACCCCGAUCUACCACUGACAGGCAUGAUAACUUUGGGCCUUAUCCUCCAAAUCAAAUGGCAAUGGACCCAAUGACAACUCUUCCCGGGCGAUUUACAGAGAGUCCUGGUCCAAUAAACUCUGACAUGGCGCCUUUCUUCCCUCCCCCGACUCGCGCCCCCAGCGCUCGCCCUAUGGAUACCUUUUCGCAGCCCAUGGGAACAUUUCCUUCGGCUCAGACACCCCAGUACCAAGCUUACAAUCCUGGAGGUCGCAUGAGCACUACAUCAUCUGUGAACUCUCACCAGGGCGGAGCCGCAAUGCAACGGCCCUUCAAUCCUCCAGUACGAAGUGCUACAGGGCCAAUGCCUUUUCGGGGACCUCCACAAAGGAACUUGACGAACCCAAUGCCGCCUCGCGCAGCAUCUGCAAGACCUGAAAGGGCCCCUCCCUAUAACUAUGAUGUUGAAUCUCAAAGACCAGGUGGUUGGUAA